GGGCCAGGAAGGCCCGCCCCUUCCGGUGUCCCAGUUACGCUCGCCGCUUGGGCUCCAUGGCUUCCCUGGGACGGCAGGUUCUUGACUGGCACCGUCUAAUGGCCCUCUCCUGGGCCUGUUUGGCUAGGCAGACUCCUCAUCUCAGAGAACAGAAAAGGAUGAGUCCUUCUUUGUUUUGCAAACUGACUACAGCACCCAGUGGAGAGAGCCUUCAAGAGUUGUCCUGUGUUAGACCCAAAAAGUAUGUGCAGGCGCCAGAGUACAGGACCUGUCUUGUUCGGUGUCUUCAUGAGGAACAAAGGACUUGUGUGGAUCCUAAGUCCUUGGAGCUUGAGAAAGCCGUCACUUCCCUCCAGGACAUGGGUUUUGAUGAAGCCCAUAUUAACAACUUGCUCAGUAUGGAGCCAAGUGUCCAUCCUCAGCAGUUGCUGGACAUAAUUUCAGAAUUUCUGCUCUUGGGAUUGCACCCAGAACCUGUAUUUAUGGCCUUGAAGAAAAGUCCACACUUACUGAAACUGUCUCCAUUGCAAAUGAAGAGGCGAUCCAGCUACCUGCGGAAGCUUGGCCUUGGAGGAGGGAAACUAAAGAGAGUGCUUCAGGGUUGCCCUGAGGUUUUCACCAUGCGUCAGCGGGACAUUGACAAUGUUGUGAAGGUCCUCAAGGAGAAGUGCUUGUUCACAGUACAGCAAAUCACGGAACUUUUGAACAGAUGCCCACGUGUUUUUCAGGAGGACCCCAGUGAACUAAAAUACAAGUUCCAGUAUGCAUAUUUCAGGAUGGGACUUAAGCAUCUGGACAUAGUCAGGACUGAUUUCUUACAGUAUCCAGUAACCAAGAUCAGACAGAGACACAUGUACCUGGAACGCCUUGGACGGUAUCAAACCCCUGAUAAGAAGGGGCAGACGCAGAUCCCUAAUCCUCUACUAAAGGACAUUCUCAGAGUUUCAGAAGCUGAGUUUUUGGUCAGGACAGCGCAUUCCUCUGCUGAGGAGUUUGAGGUUUUUAAAAAGCUCUUGGAUCGAGAAGAAGAGGAAUCUGAGAGCCAUGCAUCUGAGGAGGAAGAGGAGGAGGAGGAGGAGGAGGAAGAGGAGGAGCAGCUGUGAUGUGGACUGGGACAAAAAGGUCCAGGGAUGCCAGAAGUCAUUCCUGUUCUUCUCAAAGCUUAGGGAGAUUAUCUGGAUCUUCUCAAGCAUUUUUCAUGCAAACACUGGUCAUUUGAUGAAAAAAACUGUUAUGAUCCACUGGAUCACAUCAAACCAGACAGGAGAUGCUUUGUUGUGAUCUGUUGGGUUCUGUGCGAGGCCUACUGCAUCCUAAAUAAAGGACUCAGCUGUUAAAAUCCAGGGGAUGCAACCAUCCAACUUUGGUGUCUUUUUCUCUGUUGAAAUAUGUUGGUGUUAAUUCCAAAAUAAUGUAGAGAAAGCUUUCCAGCUCAACAGCCACUUUGUAUUUCCUUGUAGUAGUAAAGAUAAAAUCAUGAGAAUGUAACACAAGGGUGGUAUGUCAUAGCACUUUAUUUUAUUAAAACAAGUAGCAGGUUUUCCACAAAAUAGUCAUAUUUUUAAUCCGACAUCAUUUCACGGCCCUCUAAUGUGUUCAGUGUACAGCGAGUGAAAGGCGUUGGUUAGUAAUAUGUUCCUUAGUUUUGUGUCUUCUCAUCUGUGAGCUGCUGACCCUUCCUGCUUGGGCAAGUUGGCCUUCAUGUGGGUUCCUGGCUAGUAGUAUCUUUGGCUCUUUAGCCUGUGCUGCGGAGUGAACUGUCUCAGAACCAGCACUUCAGGGGCGGGGAGUGGUCUUAGGUGACAUCCCUUCUGCCUUCUGUAUGAUAGAUGGAAAAGAGCACAGGCCCCCGGUCUGAUUUUGGUUUGUUCUAGGAAGCUUUCAGAUACCCUGGCAUGGAUAUCACCCUGGGGAGCAUGGUGAGUGUCUUGGAGUGAUGUAAUGUCCUGGGACUGGGAUGAGGUGAGCUCUGAGGAGAGGCCUGGUUUGAUAGAGCUAUGAGGCCUUCUAGAAAGUUGUCUGUGGUCCUUCCUCAGGAAAUUGCACAGGGUUGGUGAUGCAGAAAGCUUUUUGAUGGGACAGCCAAAAUCAGAUAUGCUUGGUAGUAUUAUUUUCCUACUUGGUGACAUUUAAUAGUCAUGUGAGACCCCUGUGUGUUUCCUAUAUAGACAGAAUCCAAAGCUUAGAUGGGAAUGACUCUGAUCCUCAAGACAUCUGACAAUCUUUGGAGAUGUUUUUUUGUGUGUCAUGGCGCUGGGAUCUUGUGGAUAGAAGCCAGGGAUGCUGCAAAAUAUCCUACAUUGCCCUCACGUGGAUGAUCAGGUCCACAAAGCAGUGUCAAAGCUGAGAAAUUGCUCCAAGACCUGGUCCAGAAAUGUGACCAUAACAAAUUUGGAUUGUUAUGGACUCAAAUAUUUAUUUCUGUCUAAGGUAGAGAUCUUGCUGGAUCUGAGGUGUAUUUUGUGAGUAAUCAGCACCAAAGUGCAGAGGCUUUGGACUCCCCUGGAGCCUGACUGCAAAGAGGAGGGUAUUCACAAAGAAAAGCAGUCGCUCCAAGAUUCCCAUACAGUCAGAGCUCCCACUAUGGCAGGUAUGUGAGGCAGGCUAACUCCUGGGAAGGGUGUGUCUUUGCCUGUUGGACUCUCCACACAAAGCAAGACAGCAAGCCAUCCUGUCAGCUACUAACAGCCCAUGGGCAGUGGAGAAUGUGAGUGCCUUCUAGCUGUUCUUGGCCAUGGACAAAACUAUUUGAGAACAGUGAUGCUCAUUCUUUGCUGCCUACUUUUCCACUUUGUGGCAUCGAAAUGACCUCCACUUUCCCUGAAUGUAGGAUGUUUGGUCUUGGGCUCCAUCAGAGCCGAAUAGAACCCCAACCCUGAGCUUAAUUAGGUGUCUGCUCUCCCAUAUUUUUGACCAGCAAAUGGUGAUCCCAACAACUCAUGAUUGCUCCUUCAUUUGGACACAAAAAUAAAUCUUUUAUACCUUGUAAGUUUUCUGAUUCCAUUGUGCCAUUUCCCAAGUGGACCGUGACUGUUUUGAAGGGCAUACAUCUGCUUAAAGAAAGAUGUGUGAGAAAGCAGAAGCAGCGUGUUUGGAGUGAUACACACUUCUUCCUCAGCACCAGCAAGCCUUUCUCCACUCUGAAGAUCCACAGUCAGCAUUCAGUAGGCUGGGUCUUGUUUGAAACACAGGCUCCAACAGGAAAUGGGAACGUGGCAGCGGCUGCCUGGCGGGUAAGGCUCCUGAGGUCAUUCGUAUCGUAUAAAGGUUUCAUCUAUGUUUCCAGUGAUGUCACUUGAUCUUGCCGUUCACUGCUAAUGCUGUAGCUUAGGAGGAGGGAUGGUGGCAGGU